AUGGCGGAAUCAACCUUUCAGGGGUUGAUCCAUCCCGACUAUAGUCAAGGUUACUCUGCUGAUGUGGACAUAAUCCGAGAGCAAGAAUACCCUCUACUAAAUGAAACAACAUACCUAGAUUAUGCGGGGACAACACCCUAUGCCAAGUCCAUGAUCGAGUCUUUCUCGCGUGAUCUUACAUCUAACCUGUUUGGAAACCCUCAUUCGAUGUCUGUAUCGUCGCAGCUUUCCACACAAAGAACAGAAGACGUUCGAGUCCGCGUAUUAAACUUCUUUAAUGCCGAUCCGGAUGAGUUUGACCUUGUCUUUGUGGCAAACGCAACUGCUGGCAUCAAGUUAGUCGCAGAUUCACUCCGAGACUCCGACCAUCGAGGAUUUUGGUAUGGCUACCACAUCGAUGCCCAUACCAGCCUCGUUGGAGUACGAGAGUUGGCUGAGAUGGGCUACCAGUGUUUCCAAAACGAUGAUGAAAUGGAGGCUGAAAUUUCAAAGUUGGCCGGCAACCAGUCGAAAGCGCCCAGAUUACUUGCAUACCCAGCCCAAUCUAAUAUGAACGGUCGGCGCCUGCCCAUUCGAUGGUGUGAGGAGGUCAGAUCUGCAACAAAGGAAAGCGGCGGAAAUGUAUACACCUUGCUUGACGCUGCGUCUCUGGUAUCAACCGCUCCACUUGAUCUGGGUCCAUCCUCAUCUGCUCCAGACUUUACUGUCCUCAGCUUCUACAAAAUCUUCGGCUUCCCUGAUUUGGGUGCCUUGAUUGUUCGCAAAAGUGCUGCACGAGCCUUUGAGCGACGGAAGUACUUUGGCGGAGGUACUGUCGACAUGGUCCUGGCCACUGGUGUGCAAUGGCAUGCGAAAAAGGAGACCUCAAUCCAUGAGCGGCUAGAGGAUGGUACUCUCCCGUUCCAUAGUAUCGUAGCCUUGGACACAGCCUUGGAUACACACAAGCGCUUAUUUGGUUCCAUGGCGAACAUUUCGGCACACGCUGGGUUCCUCGCGAAGCAAGUUUAUGAUAGGCUUUCUUCAUUGGCACAUUUCAAUGAGAGGAAAGUAUGUCAAAUCUAUCAAUCACACACUUCGACGUACGGCAAUUCAAAUACACAAGGCCCGAUUAUUGCCUUCAAUCUUUGCAAUAGUCGCGGCGAAUGGGUUCCUAAAACCGAGGUCGAAAAACUGGCUACUGUGCAAAAUCUGCAGAUACGCACUGGGUCCGUUUGCAAUCCAGGAGGAACUGCCUCGUCCCUUGGAUGGACCGGAUCCGCGCUUCGCCGGCAUUAUUCUGCGGGAUUACGUUGUGGUGAUAACCAUGAUGUUCUCGGAGGACGUCCAACAGGGAUUCUUCGUGUCAGUAUCGGCGCCACGACAAAUCUGAAGGACAUAGACUCCUUGAUAAACUUCAUAGAGGAAUUUUACGUCGAGAAGAGCCCACCUAUAGUCGCUCUGGAUCCUCUCACAGAAGACAAUGAGGUUGUUGCUCCUCAUUUCUAUGUUGAAAGCUUAGCAGUGUUCCCAAUCAAGAGCUGCGGUGCUUUCAAGAUACCUGAGGGAAAGCGCUGGGAAGUGAAGAAAGAGGGACUCGCUUGGGAUAGAGAAUGGUGUUUGAUUCAUCAAGGGACUGGUGCGGCCCUGAAUCAGAAAAGGUACGUUGCAAACAAAGUUUCCGAAUUUUCCCACAUUAACGGCAGUAGAUAUCCUCGCAUGUGUCUCAUACGACCCUCGAUUGAGAUUGAAAGAGGUGUUCUCCGUAUUACUUGUGGUGCAAUCGCCGCACCAGAUCAGGUCAGCCUUGAGAUUUCACUUGGCUGGGAGGACACAAGUCUUAUUUCCACAUCCUUCUGUCCAAGCUCGACCAAAAAGCCUACAACAGUCUGCGGCGACCGAAUCUCUCUCCAUGCCUAUACGUCCCCCGUGGUCUCUGCAUUCUUUUCGGACUUCUUGGGAGUGCCCUGUACUCUUGCACGGUUCCCUACACAGACCAGCAGCCGAUAUUCACGGAUACAACGGACGCCAAAUACGUGGAAAAACCGUUUCCGCAAGCUUAUCAUGCCAGGCUCAUUCCCGCCUGACUUCCCUCCCCCGGUACGUGAGGGUGGCCAGACACAAAUCACAUUAUCCAACGAGUCGCCAAUUCUAAUUGUCUCGCGUUCAUCUGUCAAUCGACUAAACGAGACCAUAAAAGCAAACAACAAACAAGGUCGCAGUAAGACUGUUGCUGCAGAUGUAUUCCGGGGUAACAUUAUCGUUGCUGAACGCCUUGCUCACCGUGGCGAUGUGGAACAACCAUAUGCUGAGGACCGGUGGUCAUCCCUUCGGAUUGGACCAGACCAACUUCGGUUCGAUGCUCUCGAUGCAUGCCAGCGAUGUCAAAUGGUUUGUAUAGACCAGUUCACUGGCAUCCGGCGUGAUGAGCCGUUUUCAACGCUUGCCAAGACACGGAACAUUGGCGGGAAGGUCUCGUUUGGCAAAUAUUCUGCACUCUCUCCUGAAGAACUAGAGGGCUUUGACUCGGAAAUACCUGAUCGCAGGACCGUGAUGGUAGGAGACGUGGUUGUGCCAUUAUAUCAAGAGGAUUGA